GUGCGUUUUAUAGGCACAAAAUGUGAUUCUUACGAACGGAAGUUGAUAGAUGAACUUUUGAAGGAUUACAACACUGAUGUGCGUCCAGUUGAAAACACUUCACAAGUGCUUGAGGUGACUGUAGCCCUUCAACCCUACAGACUGCUAAGAAUGGUAAGCCACUUCCUAUACUAAUGCUAUGCUCACACCCCCUGGCGGAUUAUAACUUUCGUGCCGACACGAAAAGUUGGGGUCAUAAUACGUUUCUAGAACUGCCCACCUACCCCUCUCCGAAGCCAACAUUUUGCCCUGAAUGAGAAGUAACUGAGUAAGUGAGUGUUAAUGUUGGCUUAGGGGAAGGGUAGGUGGGCAUGGACACCUAUCUGAUAUGUGACUCUCCACUUUAGAGAUCGGCACGGCGCAGCUUCGCUUCGUUUCAGAAAUCGCGCCGAAACACCGCACGAAAAAAGAAAUUUAAGUGAGCGUAAAGCUGGUGUAAAGUUCUCAUUUACGUAACUUUACGACCCCACAUGCGUAAAGGUAUCGUAAAGAAACACUUUACGCUCUGCGUAAAGUUGGUUGUGCAAUCCGGAAUCCUGGGCUUUGAAGUCCGGAAUUCAGCUCAAGCAAUCCAGAAGUCCAGUUGUGAUGGGAUUAAUCUGGAAGCCAAGUUCCAACAAGGAAUUCAUAAUGCAAUACCAAAAAAAUGAGAUGAACUGAGCUAAAUCACUGUUCUUAUGUGUGAUCAGAAGCUGAACCCAGGCCUAUCAGGUAUGGUUUUUGUGUCGGCGCAAAAGCUAUCAGGUAUAGCGUGAACAAAACCUAUGAUAUUUUGUGAAGUUUUAAUUUACGAUAAAUGCGCUGCAAAAACGCUUCAGCUGAAGGAAACUUUUUAUUGCUUCAUGUAUUUCUCUCCACUCAGGAGUUUGUGAGAUUAUUCUUCUGUCUUCAGCAUCAAAAAAUAGCACGGAGUAACAUUGGUUUUCUAGGUUUUAAAUGGUGUGAUUGAUUCACUCGUUUGUUUAUCAUUUAUCUCUUAACGCGUUUUCUUUUCGUUAGAGUGAGGUUGAGCAACUGGUAAGAAUGAGCUUUUGGUAUAGAUUGGUAAGUGAUUAUGAUUUAACGAUUUUAACGUCUCCAGUAGCUAACUACCUUUCUAUUCACUUACGACUUUAUUUGCGUUUGCAAUAUAGUAUAUAACAAAAGAAAUGACGGGUUAACAGGCACUUUCGGACUUUGAAAGGGUGUUGGGGGGAGGAGGGGGGAGGGGCGGAGAGGACCUUUUUUCUUGAAAAUUUGAUUUUGAAAAUGUCAUCGUACAAACAAAUUUAAAUUACAUACAUUAGAUAACAAAAAACACGGGGCGCCCCGUGCUCCACAGACAAUAUAUUGAACGCGGGAACUCGCUAAACUAAGCAGAACUCUUGUAACCCUGAGAUGUAGCUCUGAUUACCACUAAAAUCAGUUCACCCUUUUUGAGAAUCAAAGAGCUAUUUCAGAGAGGACAUUUCCUUGCAUGCAAGUAUGCGAUAACCUCUGAGGCCCUUUUUGGUUUGUUUUUAUUGCUACCGAAAGCAUUUGCUUUCCAUUUCACAUAACUUCUUCAGAGACACAAAAAAAUCUUUAUCCCUUGUAAAUCCCAACGAAGUAUCUACUUGAAGCUUGUGUCCCGCCUGUCUCCAUGUAUUGCAGUUCUGGGAGGAUUUCUACCUCUCCUGGGAUCCCAUCAAGUAUGGCAAUAUCACCCGUGUUAAUAUACCAGCAGAUGCAAUAUGGACACCUCCAGUGGGACUGCUUAACUCGUGAGUCAGUCAUUGUUAUGCGGUAUCUGGUUGUAUAGCUGGAAACAGCGCGCGCUCUCAUUGGUUACUUCGAGGUCACAUGACAUCAAACAAUGAAACUGUUUCGCGCCAAAAUCUCUAAGCUGGCAACAUUGCAAAAUCUAUGACGUUAGAGGGUAACAGUGCACUGUUACCCGCGAUUGUUAAGCGACGACCUCCGUUACAGCGAGGUUUAUAAAUUUCCAGCUAUAUAACAAAACACUUCAAGACUGGUCCCUCGGAAAACAGUUGAUUUUGUUUCCCUUAGCAGAUUCUAGGGAAACAAAAUUUUAAAACUGUUUCCCUCGGGACCAGUCAUGAAGUGUUUAGUAUUAGGCGUAUCUAAUAUGUCCAUAUUCAAUCAGGAGUGUUGUAUGAAUAUCACCCCACUGGCAGCGUCUCCUUUUGUCUUCUUCUUUAUUGAGGAGAAGAAAAGGAGGCUCCGUCUGAAUCGCGUCGAGCCUUUGAAGUAACUGCACAGGGAGGCCACUCAAUCCGAUUGGCGUCUGAGUUUACUGUUGACAUGUUAAUGUAAAGAGGGCUCGUCUUGUUGUCCUGUAAUCUACGACAUCAGAUCACAUCACAUUACAGUAAAUGUACUGGAUUACGGUUUGAAUCAUCUGUAGCUAUAUAUCGCUAAGUAUGUGCAUCAGAUCAAUGCUAAGUAAACGUUGUAUUACCGUACCUACGGUAAAUUGUAGUCCUGUUGCUUCAGAAGUGGUAUUUUGAGCGAUUUUGAAAGAUUUUGAGUUCGCCUUUGAAAUCCUCCAAAAGUCGAGGUAAGGGUUUAGGUCAACCCCUAGAUCAAAAGCCCGGGAUUAAAAACCAUAGGGAAGUCAUAAGCAAGCUACAAAUAGAAAAUGCUAGCUUCCCAAUUCCGUAAUUAAAUCGAAACUAACGCUUUAUUUAAACUGGUCAAUUAUAUAUGAUUCAUAGUAGUACUUCCUUAAUCCCAGAAUCGCAGGAUAGGUAUUGACAAAAGUUCUUGUUUAAGAGAAGCUAACAAUGUAAAAUACAACUGUGACGAUUAUUCCUGAUAUUUUUUUUUGUUAUAACAUGAUCACUUCGUCAUUGUCUUAAUCAUUAUCAUCAUUAAUAUUUACAUAAUCUUCAUUAUUAUCAUCAUCAUCAUCAUUAUCAUUAUCAUCAAUUACAGAUUAAACUCUGGCGUUGCACCUAUUCUCGGAGGGGAUAAUGGUGGACUCACAUUAGCUGAGAUCAGUUUUAAUGGCCGCGUAAAACUCAUGGUUCCUGCAAUUCUCAGUAUAUCAUGCAUAAUGGACAUGACAAUGUAUCCAUUUGAUACUCAAAGAUGCAACCUUAAUGUUGGUAAGUCACUUGACUACUCGCCUCCUUAAACUGCGCGAAUUACGCACACGUUCCUUUUUGCCAAAACCGUAAUCGAUGCAGCCAAUGUAAACAACUUUUAGGAUAUUCAACUUCCUUAAUACAGACACCAAAAAAGGACAGAGUUACGUGGGCACAUUAGAUAGGUGUCCAUAACACAGAGGUAGGAACUGUUUUAAGACGCUUGUGGUCAUUGCACCAGGUGAAGCUUCAUGGAGAAGAUUUUGUAAGAAGAGGUUGUACUUAACAAUUUCUUCCGUUGUGAAAUACCACAUCAAGGGCCAUACAGGUUCUAAUAAAAUGAAUUAAAUUAAUAGGAAAAGUCACUUAACUGAAUUUGAUCAUGACUCACUAGGCACCUGGGGAUACACAAGUCAUGAUUUGAUGUUUAAGGCUGAUGUGGAGACCUCAACCCUCGCUGAAUCAAGUGAAAACUUUUCUGGAAGUGGAGGAUGGAGUGUCCUGGAGUACCGAGGUAUACGCAGUUCAGUAUAUUUCAUUUCUGUCCUUGCCUUUCUUUAACUUCAGUUAUGUUCGAUUUGAAAAACUAGAAUUGGCUGACAUUCUUCUCGUUAUGCCUCAGUGCAAAUCACCUGUACCAAAUACAUUUUUUUUUUCUGUAUACAGCCGUUGAUCAGCAUGGAAAUGAUAGUCACAGUCACACAAGUCCAUCCGUGACAUUCACUAUACAGCUGAAGCGUCACACAACUUACUACAUUGUCAUCUUAUUCCUCCCGUGUUUCUCUAACGCAAUGCUGACGCUACUGGUUUUCCUCCUGCCGCCGGAGACUGGAGAGAGAAUUGGAGUUGGAAUCAACACUCUUUUUACCAUGUGGGUGAAUUAUCUCAGGGUGAGCUUGUUUUCGUAGUUCCUAUGGCUUACUUUCUAGCGUCUCGCAAAGAAGAACCAACAGACCAGCGAUUUGGAGAGGUGUGACAAAGAGACAAUUUGGAGGCAAAAUCACGCCGACAAACCACCAGUGAGGGUCAGCCUGAUCUUUAGUAGACCUGGAUCAGUAAAAUCCUGACAAUUACGACAAUUACCAAUUACUCGUACCGAAUCAGUUUCAUCCCCAGAUUCAGGAACCUUAUCGGUUGACUGGGGAGAAAUUAAAUUGAAACCAUCGUCCCCGAGCGCCCACUUCUUUUUUUUUUUUUUUUUUUUUUUUGGCUGGGGGGGGAGGGUAUGGGGAGGGUAUACCGAGAGAUAGUAUCUUGGUCUCCCCCAUCCUCUGAGACCCAGGUGCAGCUAGUCGGGACAGGAUAAUCACAGGAGAAACCACUGUAGAAGUUGCUUUCUUGUUCUCCAUGUAAACUUUUUUUACAAUGGUUUCACCCGUGAUUAUCCCGUCCCAAAUAGCUGCACCUAGGCGUCCGAGGAUGGAGGAGACGAAGACGGACUAUCUCUUGGUACCCCAAAAAAAUUAGCGCUAAGGGAAGAUGGCUUCUUUUUACCUUCUUCCCAGUACUCCUACUCGCACAGGGAGAGAGGCCUUUAGGAAGGAGACAGGAAGUAGGAGUCCUUUGAUGCAGGAGAAAAUUAUGUUCAAGUCCAUUUAGCAUAUCUGUGUGAACAGGAAUAGGCGUUCAGAAGCCAAGUGAUAAGUUUCCUUCAAGAACCCACUGUUACAGUGAUAUGGGCAUCUCCCGCGUUUUGGGCAUCCCCAUUCCCAAAACCCUACAGAUAUGGGCUUCCCCAUUUAACCCUAACCCUUACCCUAACCAAAAAUCGCUACGGUAAUAUGAGAAGGGGAUGCCCAUAUCACUAGGGUUAUGGGAAUGGGAAUGCCAUAUCAUUGUAACACCGCCUCAAACCUCCUAACUUGCGAUCAGGCGGUCCUUCUUCCCUUUUGCUUUUCACUUUAAGUUGUGCUGAUGGUGAAUGAUACCGUUUUCUCCUUGUUAGGUACUAAACGACAUGCCCAAAAGUCCUGACCUUCCUGCAUUCUGCAGGUUUUACUACUUCGUGAUGUUUGAGUGCGUGUGCGCUAUCGCCGUAUCGUGUCUUCUGAUCUCAUUCUUCCACAUGAAUGUUAAUAUUGACCAGCCCGAAUGGGUGAAGGUAGGGAGAAAUACGUGCUUCUGUUUUAAGAUCUUCCAUCAAUGGGAGAAUUGUCUUGGCAUACCAACUUUGUUUCCUGGAGCUUUAGUUAGAGGGUCGAUUCAUAUACGUAUACAGAGGAAGCUCUCGUGAGCGCGGGACACCCUCGGGACGCGAACAACGGUGUCCGUAACUGGAGCUGACCGCUUACGGGAAUGUAAAAAUAAAGAGUUUGUAUGGGAGUUGAGAAAAACGGGGUUUUGUGAAGGCGGCCGCACCGUAAUUUUUAAGGAGUUAUUAUAACUCCAAAAAAUGGAGUAAAAAUUUUAGCCACGGGAUAACCCCUUUUUGGGGGUUAUUUUAACUCCUAAUUUAACUCCGAAUUUGGGGUCAUUUAAGAGUUCUUUUUACUCCCAGUCUGGAGUUAAAAUAACUCCGAACUGGGGUUACUUUUACUCCUUACAUGGGUUGUUUACUCUUUUUGGAGUUAAUUUAACUCUGAAAGUGGCGUAAAAAUUUUAGGUACAGGAUAACUCCUUUUUUGGGGUUAUUUUAACUCCUCAAUAUCCGGGGUCACUUUUACUCCUAAAAAAGAGUUUUUUAAACUCCUUUUUGGAGUUAAAAUAACCCCCCCAAACAUAACUCCACUGUAAGGAGUUAAAUUAGCCCCACUAGAGGAGUUAUUAUAACUCCUUGAAAAUUACUGAGCGUAAGUAGCGCUGGCCGCUUACGAGAAUGUCCGUUAGGAGAGCUUCCCUGAAGAUAGCUUGUUCCAGGCGUUUAGAAAGUAAGAGAGCGGGCGAAAAAUUGUAGGGGAAAAAACGAGAGGACCCCAGUCUCCCCUCGUUUUCCUCGCAAACGAUUAAACUCACCAUCUGAACGCAGCGCUCUACUAUCUGAAGGCCUGUAACAGGCUGCCCUGAAAAGAGUGGCACGUACAAAUAAAACUCCUUGGAAGGUGGGAACUGGUGUACAAAAAUCUUGAAAAUCUCCUGGAAAUACUGGCGCGCAUUUUUCUUAAAUAUAAACUUCCUUUUAAUACAUGCUUUCGACUUACAUGUACUACUGGGCACGCACUAAAUCGUUUAAUUCCGUUUUAGUAUCUAAUCACAUUUUUUCAAUAUUUAUUUCCAGAUUCACAUACUAGAUAGGUUGGCUCGGUUAGUCUUCCUCCGCAAGUCUGUUAAAUACCGCCUUCAAACAGCUGAAAAAUUCAGGAAGGAAGGUAAUUUACCUUGGUAGGCUAAAUAGCGUCAGCAUGCUUUAAAAUACAUUACAGUACCAUUCUAUACCGUCCCAUACCAACGGUUACAAGAUUGUGACUACAGAUACCUUGAAAACAGGAAAAUGCGGACGUAACUCGGGUGGAUUAGCUCUGCUCUACAAACUAAAGUUUGACGAUUGGAUUUCAGUGCAAAAAGAAUCACCAAAUUUUUUAUGGUUUAAAAUUAGUAAUCGCUACACAAAAACUACAAAAGACAUUUAUGUCUGUGGAACGUACAUUCCACCAAACAAUUCUCGCUACUUUCGACCUGAACUAUUUGAUGAGCUUGAAAGCGACAUCGAGAAAUUCUCCUCCCUUGAUUCAAUUCUUAUUAUGGGAGACUUUAACUCCGGAGUAGGAAAACACCCGGACAGUGUUUGUCAAGAAGGUAAUAAAAAGAUAAUAACAACGAUUUUUCUGAAUCUUCGUUAUGCGCCACCCAACGAAAAAGUUUUGAUAAUGAUUUAAAUAAUCAUGGAAAACGACUCUUGGAAAUUUGUAGAAGCGCGGAUUUAAGAAUUUUAAAUGGUAGAAUUAAUGGCGACUCGUUAGGUUGACCUGCAUUUCAUGGUAAAUCGGGAAUCAGUGUCAUUUAUUACUCCAUAUGUGACCAAGAUUUGCUACGAAAUAUAACAUCUUUUAUAGUGAAAGAGCCGAACAGUUUAUCAGAUCAUAGUCCAAUAGUAACAUGGCUUAAGGUUAACCGUAAUUUAGAUAAUGAUUCAUCAAACGAGGCAAUUAUAAAUGAUUCUUUGACUCCUCUACCAAAACAGUUUUUUGGGAAAACGUUUCGUCACAAAAAUUUAGAGCUACACUACAGUCUGAAGACACUCAAAGAAUGAUCCACGAUUUUAUGAGUACAACAACAAUCACGAGAAAUGUUGACAUGAACCUUCAUGCUGUAGAAAAUAUUCUUAUUUCAACCGCCAAACGCUGUUUGAAGAUCAAAACAGCAAAAAAGCGACGUUGCAAAAUAUCUUCGAACAAAAAAUGGUUCGACAAAGAAUGCCGCUAUAAAAGACAUGAACUGCGGAAACUUUCUAAUCAAAAACAUAGAGAUCCUCUAAACACUACCCUCAGAGAAGAGUUCCACAACGUCUUAAAACAAUAUAAAAACCUUUUGAAACAUAAGAGAAACGAAUACUAUAGCAAUAAGAUCUGUGAACUUGAAAAUACGGUCGAAAAUUCGAACAAUAAGAGCUUUUGGAACUGUUUGAAGUCAAUGGACGACACUAUGAAGGAAACCUACACCCCUCCAAUUUCUGAAGAAAAAUGGAUGUCCCACUUUCAAUCUUUGCACUCGAAUGAACCCCUUAAUGAACAGCAGGAGGCAAUUAUAGAUGAGUUGCAGAAUUCAAAGGAUAUUACGUCACGAUCUCACUCCUUGGAUUACCUCAUCACUGAAAGUGAAAUUCGCACUGCAGUUGGAAAACUCAAAAACAACAAAUCUUCUUUUUCAGACAAAAUCAAAAACAAAAUGAUCAAAUCUAGCCUAAACGAAUUAAUGCCUGUUUAUCUAAAACUAUUUAACACGGUCCUCGACUUAGGAACUAUGCCCCAAAUGUGGUGUGUUGGCCUCAUUACAUCAAUUUUUAAAUGUGGUACUAAAAGCGAUCCAUCAAACUACCGUGGAAUUUGUAUUUCCAGUUGUAUUGGAAAACUAUUUUGUUCAAUUCUCAGUCAGAGACUUCUAAAGCACGUUGACUUAAAUAAUAUACUUCACAAGUCUCAAAUUGGUUUUCUAGCAAAUAAUAGAACAGCAGAUCAUGUCUUCACACUUCGAACAUUAAUAGACAAAUAUGCCCAUUGUCACAAGGAGAAAAUAUAUGCGUGUUUUGUUGACUUUAGGAAAGCCUUUGAUUCGGUUUGGCAUGAUGGGCUUCUCUAUAAGUUAUCUAAGAUCAAUGUCCAAGGAAAGUUUUAUAGUCUAAUUAAGAGUCUAUACUCGAAGUCUACCUGCUCUGUCAGGAUUGGAAAUAACAAAACGCGCUCUUUUCAAUACGCAAGAGGAGUGCGGCAAGGCUGCAUUUUAAGCCCUCUGCUCUUUAACUUAUACCUUAACGAUCUAGCGUUCUCAUUUGACAAUGUUUUAUCAGACCCCUUCGUGUUACCAAAUGGCACCAGACUCAACUCUCUCCUUUACGCAGAUGACUUGAUAAUAUUAUCGCGAUCCAAACUUGGUCUACAAAACUGCCUUAACGUACUAUCUUCAUAUUGCAACUCAUGGAUGCUUAGAAUAAAUCCUAAGAAAACCAAAAUAAUGAUUUUUCAACGAUGCACACGAAAAUGUGAACAUAACUUCCGCAUAGGCAAUGAAGUAAUCGAAGUUGUCCAAAACUAUACUUACUUAGGAACUCGAAUUACAUCUUCCGGAAAUUUUACACUUUCGCUUGAACAUCUCCGACAAAAAGCUCUUCACGCGCUCUUCAGCCUCAGGCGACACACGGAUUUGAAUAAUCUUAAGCCCUCACUUGCGUGUAAAAUUUUUGACUCUAUGAUUUCACCAAUUCUAACCUACAACAGCGAAGUUUGGGGUGCUUUUGUUAAAUCAGAUUUUAAGUCCUGGGACAGCUCUGCAAUUGAAAAAACCCAUUUGCAAUUCUGUAAACGUUAUUUACAAGUACAUAACAAGGCAUCCAACAUUGCUUGUAGAGCUGAACUCGGUAAAUUUCCCAUGAUCAUUGAUAUAAAUAAAAAGAUUCUAAAUUACUUAGACUAUCUGAGAGGUAAAGAUGAAGAUUCUAUAGUUAAACAGGCCUUACAAAUUUCAAUUGACCUUCAUCAUAACGGAAAAACUAGCUUUUACUCUAAUCUCAUGAAAAUGGUUGACUACUAUGAUCUAAACUAUGACUUUUCCUGUAAUUCAUUGAGUGACUCAAUAGUUAAUAGGUAUAUCGGCAUAAUGAAAAAUAAAUACGUCUCUUACUGGAAUCAGACCCUUCAACAAUCACAAAAACUCAGUUUUUAUUGUACAAUCAAAGACGACUAUAGCCCCUCGCCGUACCUAGUUUUAACAAGAAAAAACCCUUCGAGAAAAACAUUAGUUAGAUUUAGAAUAAGUAGUCAUCAACUUAGAAUUGAAACGGGUAGAUACGAAAACAUUCCUCGCAAUGAAAGGAUAUGUCACUUUUGUACAAGUAAGAAAAUCGAAGAUGAAAAUCAUUUCUUACUAGAUUGUAAGGCUUAUUCUCAGAUCAGAGACAUAUUUUUCUCGAAACUAGAAACUAAAAUACCUGACUUCAAAUCACUUUCACACGAUACUUUAAUAUCUCAUCUUAUGAAUUCUUCUGAUUAUUUAAUUAACCGUCAAUUAGUUUCAUUUAUCUCGCAAUGCUUUGAAUUAAGGACCAAAUUAAUAUCAAUGAAUGAAUGAAUGAGAACUGUCACGUUUUGUAAUGUUUUGCACGUACUAAUUAGUUGAAUUAGUACUUAAAUUUAGACUAAUAGCUUUUGCAAUACUGUAAUUCCUUUAUGGUCAUGCAAAUAAAGCUUUUGCUGUUACUAUACCAUACUGCGACAGACCAUUAAAUAAAAAAUCGUCUUUAAAUAUCGAUAAAUUUCCCACGGUUAUUAAUUGAAGACGCUUUUGUGAGUCCCUUGCUGGCCACUCGAAGGCCUAAAUCUGUUUGUAGAGCAAAGGCAAUACAAUCUUCCUCAGCUAUUGAAACUCUAAUCUUUUAACAAGACCAAGAUAUUGACUGAACAUCAAAAGCACAAACUCUAUUUUGUGGCAUAAAAUCAGUAAAUUACUAGUACAGACUACCUGCAAAUAGCGAAGCUAAUCGAGGCAUGUCGUACGGAGACGUAUCACUGACACUUAAAUUACAAAAUUAAUACAAAGAAUGUUACAAAAUAUUGCAGUUUAAUUACAAUAAUUACUUUAAUUAUAUUUAUCCCGCUCUGCAGACCAUCACUUGUUCACAGUGAGCAAUCAAUGUCGCCGUUCACUUAUUGGGUCGACAAACAAAUUCUAUUUGAUUUUGUUUUCAGCGGAACAGUUCCGUUCAAGAUUUGAAGGAAAGACCUAUCACAAGAUAACCAUUGGCUUAAACCUGUUUGUGGAUAACUCGCUGAAGGAUUUCGAGACGUUUUGGCGUAAAGAGGAAUGGAAACUUGUGUCGCUUGUCCUUGAAAGAUUUUUCACCUAUAUCUUUUUGUUUUCGGUUCUUAUUUCGUUCUUGGUCUUUGCUGCAACCGUUCGUUAA